AGCGGUAGCGUACUUGACAUCUUUUCACUACAAGAAAACCAGGUGCUAGUGCACAUAUCCAUGUUACCUUACCUUUAAGAAGGUAAGGCGUGGCCCGGUAAGUACACCUACGUUUCCGGGAGUGCGCCCGAGAGUAACCAGGUAGGUAUGGAAGAAAAAUCUCAUUCGGCUGGUUUCGUUGAAACCAACCAUCGUUAAAGCACAACGACUGCCACAGUGGCUUGAAGUCAACAUUUCAACAUGACUUUGCUAUCACUCCCUGACGUUUGUUAAUUCGGAAUUCAAUAUUCAAUCGAGAUCAUCCAGCGGUGAGGUCUACGUGAGGUGCACACAUUCUCUGAUGAUCGCCGUGGAACCUUUUGUUCUGUUUCAAAAGAAGACCAAACCAAGCUAGUACUGAUCCAACAAUGAGAUUAGUAGUUACAUUUUUAUAUUUUGCAUGUUCAUGUCAAACAGGUGGUGCAGACCAUGGGGGAGCACCUGAAAGUAUCCUUGGAGAAUUGGGUCACACUGUUACACUUCCAUGCCAUGACCUGGCUGUCACUGUUCCUCCAGCACUGACACAGUGGCUAAAAGAUGGGAGCAUUGUGGUAAAACGUAACCAUUCUUCAGAACUAAGCCCUAGACUUGGUCACUUCACCAUACUGGACAAUGGCAGCCUGAAUAUUACUGGAUUAAUGGCAAUUGAUGAAGGAUCAUAUGAGUGUGAAUGCUCACUACAGGACACAAGCAAGGUUCACAAUCAUACUGGGGUGCACCUACACAUCUUUAGUGGUCCAGACAAAGUGAUCCUGGAUAUCUCACCUGUGGAAAAACUCCCAAAUGGAACCCUGUAUGUCCGAAAUGACUCCACUGUUUAUUUCAAGUGCUCAAGCCCCUCUAUAUCCUAUCCAUCACGGACGUUAUCUUUGAUGUUUGAAGGGGCCAGCUCAAACAAGGACACGCUUGUUUCUGGCAACGGAUCUCUGAUACAGUAUGAGGAGCUGAACAUCACGCCAAAUAGACAAGGAGACCACAGCUGUUCAGCAGAGAAUACCAUAUCUAAGAAGAUAGUGACUGAGAGUCUACAGCUGCUUGUAUACUAUCCACCGGAAAGACACCCAGUAUGCACUUGGAGGAUCCAGAGUAACUCCUCCAGCGUUCUUUUUAGUUGCAGUUGGCGUGGGGGUUACCCUGCGCCCACAUUACAAUGGGAGGAUUUGACCUCAAAGGGGGUCGUGUUAAACUCUAGUGUAAACGAGACGUUGGAGGUAAUACUCAACAGGAGUGUGUUGAGUGAUGGGCAUGAGCUUAAGUGCCAAGGGAAACAUGUGAUGAGUCAAGGUGAUGAAUACUCCUGCCACUUCACCCUGAAGACUCCAUACCCUGAAGGGGAACCACUGGUGACGGUGGUAGAAGGUAGCAAUGUGACACUGACCUGCAUUGAGAAGCAAUCAAUCCCUCCUGCCAAAACCAUAUGGCAGAGAACUGUUGCACACAAGGACAUUAAACUUGGCUCCAAGUAUGUCAUAUCUGAGCAGGGGCCCACAUUUAGUCUGACCAUAGUGAACAUCACCAAAGACGACGAGGGCACAUACUUCUGCAGGAGCGAGAAUCCCAUCGCUGUCCGCGAGUUAGAGGUCUAUCUUACAGUAAAGUCGUCAGUGUCCUACACUGGUGGGAUUGUUGGCACGUUCUUGUCUGUUCUGAUUCUCGGAGCUGGGAUUUCCAUCGGAAUGGCUAUAUACUCAAACCGCCACAGAAUUUGCUUGGGUUACCAUUUUGGUUUCCUGACAGAAGAAAGGAAUGAUGUGCUGAAUCUGGUGGAAUCAGAUGAUGAGAUAUUUACAGAAGCAGUGCCCAGGUUACCCGUUUUGCCAAAUGGACACUCCACGACACUGGUAGAGAUUCACCGGAUCCCAUCCAGUAAGUCCAGACCACCUGAGAUGAUCAUGAAGAUCUGGAAAACACAGAGGCAACUCAAGAAAACCAAGACACUAUUAUUGUGGCAGAAUAGAAGAUUGCAGAGUUACAUUUUAGAUAUUGUAAAUAUUUCUGUGGACAUAUUGCCAAUACUUCUUUCUGAGCAGUUUGUGAAUUGAUUACUAUGGAAACUGUAGCCUUGAUGUAGGCCUACUUUUAUUUUGCUUUUCUUUUUUAAAUUAUUUUAAUAGCAGUAGCCUAAAGAUGGCCAAUAUGAGUUCAAGGUGGAAUCUCAGGAAACAUUUUUUUUUCUUUUAUGUAAAAAAAAAAAAAAAAAGAACCUAGAAGUAGUCUAAGGUUGAGUCCCUUGGUGCCUAUGGUGCCUUGGUGGCCUGAAACAGGCCUAAGAAUUCAACCUUGUAAAACUGCAGGAAAACUAUUGUAAUGUGAUCACUACAGUAGAGAUGGGUGGUUUUCAUAAUGUGCCUACUGUAAUGAUGUAUAGAUGUUUGAUAUGUUUGUAAAAUGUCAAGAACAAUUAUAUUUAGACCUAUACGUUAUGUUUUUGUAUUCAGUUUUGCUGUUAUGAUUGCAAUAGUAUGUGCCAUAGUAAUUAAAGCAAUACUUCUUGGAAUACCUAAGUUACCAGGUUUCGCUUGGAUUUAGUUGUUCUGACUUAAAUAUCUGUUCUGAGAAAAAUUAUUCAUAGAUGGUGAAUCAUUGUGCCAUAGUAAUUAAAGCAAUACUUCUCAGAAUACCUAAGUUACCAGGUUUUGCUUGGUUUUUGUUGUUCUAACUUAAUUAUCUGUUCUGAGAAAAAAUAUUCAUAGAUGGUUCUUGAGUGACUUAAUGGGGUCUGGAUUAUGUAUUAUUCUUUGACUGUGGUUUGUAUUGAUCAGGACAUUUCUAAAUAGAGGAGCACCAUAAAAUGAAUCUGCUCCUGUCAUAGUUGCUGGUGCAGAAGAAAAUUGUUGUAGUAUUUAAUGUGGUCAUUAUUUUCUUAUUUUCAUAACGGUGGUUAUAUUGAAGAUAUGAAUGUCAUAGGUGACUAUUAAACUGAGAAAGUUUGUAUCUUCCGAACCUUCACUUA